UUCUCUCUCCAUCAGCUGAUAUCUCAUCAAACAUGCUCGUCCGGCUGCAUUAACUCCUCCACGACUCGUCAGCGUUUUAGCAUACAGCAGGUAAACGGAACGCAGAGGAUGUUUUGAUCUGUGCGUAACAGCACGGAUAGAGUGCCGUCUCCACAUAAGAUAGACGUUCCCUCACCGGCACUUUUAAAUUGAGUUGUAUGUACAGAGGGAGUGCGGCGAUGCGUCCAUCCGUGGUCCACACUAGUUUUCACCAUAUAUAUGCUGCGAUAUGUGACGUUAGUUGAGUGUUUCAGUAAAAAAAGAAUGGGAUAAAUUAAGCAAACUUAAGUUUCCUAUACAUCUUAGUGUUAUUAUCUGCUGUUAGUUAUUAGAGGGGGGGUUUCCCAUGGGUUAAAGCCGAGGCAGGAUAGGACACUGGACAGCUCUUGCGCCUGGAGCCACUCCUGUCCCAUUAGAUUACAGUCAGAGACAUUCAGCACAUUGUUGUGAUGUGUGAUCUGUCAGUGCUACAGAGGUCUUUAUUUAUGUUGAGGUCUAAUGCCAUGGAGCCGUCCAUAUCACACUAGCUCCAUGGUUGGCUAUUUUAUUGGCUAGUUUUCUGUCUUUUUUGUGCUUUACUUUUGGCUGCACCAGCUGGUCCAUGUUAGCUCCUCAUACUAGUAUAUUAUCCUGACAAUCUAGAUGAGGUAACAAACCACCCGAUUACAUUAAUGUUAGAGAUUAACACGUGAUCACACUAUGAGCGAUCACUAUGAGAAAGUGAAGUUUCAGCUAAAGCAGAAUGCGUCCGGAGAGGCUGUGGAAACGGAGGCCGCGGCCGAAGGGGAGCAGAUGUCCCCGGCCUCCGUGUCUCCAGUCACCGCUGAUGUCUCAUGCGCUGCUCGAAGAGACAAAUACAGAGGUGGCGGAAGAAGUCGGAGUAAAAGCAGGAGCAAAGCAGACGGUCAUGAGAGACAGAUGAACAGUAAACAAGUGUCGGAUCUGAUACCGCAGAAGUCGGAUCCUUUACGAGUGUGCCUUGUCUGCAAUGAGCAAGCCCUUCAAAUUAAAGGGACGGGAAGGACCUUAACGGGUAAAACAGCGAAAAACGGUCACGUUGAGUCAUGCCAGAGACAGACGGAUGGGAAAUGUGAGCAUCAUGGCAAAGAGGAUAGGAGCAAAGUGGCUAAAAAGAGGAGACCUGUGACGGUGGACAUUUCCAAAGCGAAGACGUCGCUGGAGGCGCUGAAACUCAGCAUCAGACAACUGAAGUGGAAAGAGUUUCCGAUGGGUAGGCGGACAGCCUGUGAUAUCUACUGGCAUGGUGUGUCUUUUCAUGACAAUGAAAACAUAGUUUCUGGGCAAGUCAACAAGUUUCCAGCAGGAAUGAUAGAGAUGCUGCGGAAGAUCAAUCUGAGUCGUGCCAUGCGUACAAUGCAGGAGCUUUUCCCAGAGGAGUACAACUUCUACCCACGCUCAUGGAUACUGCCUGAGGAAUACCAGCUCUUCUCUACACAGAUUUGUCUCCUGAAAGAUAAUGAUUCCACAUUCAAACCCACUUUCAUCUUCAAACCGGACUGCGGUUCCCAGGGCGACGGCAUCUACCUCAUCCGUGACCCUGCUGACCUCCGGGUUAUCUCAGGUUCUCAGAUCAAACAAGCUGUUGUUCAAGAAUAUAUCCAAAAACCCUUGCUCAUCGAUAAACUGAAGUUUGAUAUCCGCCUCUACGUUCUGGUCCACUCGUUGGAGCCUCUAGAGAUCUAUAUUGCUAAAGAGGGUCUGUCACGGUUUUGCACGGAACCCUACCAAGAACCCAGCCAGAAGAACCUCAGUCAUGUUUUCAUGCACCUUACCAACUAUUCCCUUAACGUGCACAGCGGUAACUUUGUCCACUCUGACAGCUGUAACACAGGCAGUAAACGCACAUUCUCUAGCAUUCUCUAUCGCCUAGCGUCUAAAGGAGUGGACAUCAAGAAGGUUUGGUCAGACAUUAUCGCUUUAGUUAUCAAGACGGUAAUUGCACUUGUGCCUGAACUGAAGGUUUACUACCAAGCAGAUAUACCGCCGGGCAAACCAGGACCUACAUGUUUUCAGAUUCUGGGCUUUGACAUCCUGCUGAUGAAAAAUUUGAAGCCUGUUUUACUGGAGGUCAAUGCCAAUCCCAGCAUGAGGAUUGAACAUGAACAAGAGGUGUCACCUGGUGUGUUUGAAUAUGUACCAAGUCCAGUAGAUGAGGAGGUGAAAGUGGGGGUAAUCAGAGAUACACUCCGGCUGAUGGAUCCCACUCAGAGGAAACAACAUGUAGCGACAAAUACAGGAGGCGGUUCUCCAGAGGAAGCUAUCAUUGUGGAUGCAGGAACUGAUGAGAUAGAAGGCCUGGCAGAUUCUCUUCCAUCUUUGUGUUUAAAGCAAGUCUUCCCAAAAUACACCAAGCAGUUCAAUUACCUGCGGGUAGUCGAGCGCAUUGCUGGCAUUUUCAUGCGCUUCCUCGGGGUCAAAGGAACCAUGAGACUUGGGCCGACCGGGUUCCGCACCUUCAUCAGGAACUGCAAGCUGAGUAACAGCAGCUUCUCGAUGGCCUCAGCGGACAUCCUGUACAUUGAUAUCACCCGUCGCUGGGCUGGAAUGCUCUCCGACUCCAGAGAAGCAGGCAUGUGUCUUCAAGCAUUUUUUGAGGCCUUUUUCUACCUGGCAGCACGCAGGUACAAGGCUUUACCCCUACGGGAGCAGGUGCUCUCACUGCUGGAGGUGUGUGAGGGAUCUCUCGAGGGGCAGGGCCACAGUGAGAAGCCACGGCCACAUAGAUCACACAAAAACACUGACCCCAUCUCUGCCCGUUCAUCAGCACCAACCAUACUCAACUCCCCUGCCCUCGGAGGCGUACCACCAAGACCAUCGGAGGCGUAAUCCAUUGCAGCCCUCUGCUAAGGGAAAUGCAGAGAACUGACAAUCUAACUCAUACAAACAAACAGCUCCUAAUAUAUCAGAAAUAUUAGAGGACAAAGUAAUGGGCUUUAGUUGAAAGAAAGAACAAACCAGGGUAGAAGUGAACCUUUACCAGUGCUCUCACUAACUCUCAGUGCAAUAACUAAAAUGUUAUUAUUCAUAUGUCAGAUUGAGAUUUCUUUCACCAUCAUCACUUAAAGGGACUAUUCACUCAAUAAUUAAUUCCUUUUGUCAUGUGGAGAUGUUAGAAUGUAAACCUAAGUCACCACUUAAAAAGUUCUGCCACAUUCUGCCUAACAUCUGAGUUCCAAGAAAGAAAGAAAAUCAUAUUGGGUUUUCACUUAGAGUAAUUCACUUUAGUUUUACUGAAUUGACAGAACUGCUCCAACGGGUAGGAAUUAUGAAAGAAAAAAAAAGGGUUGCUUUGAUUUAAAGGCAAGAAUCUACAAAAUUCUAAACUGGAUCUAUCACAGGAUAAUCAUAUAACAGUAACUCAAUGUAUUACAACUACAAGCAUUAGACUUGACUGAGAUGUACUUUUAAUAGUACUGUUUAUUAAAUGAGCAUUUACAUUUUGUUUUA